AUGGCUCCUACGCAAUCACAGACUAAUGGUAAAGCCUUUGAUGGUGAGAAAAAAAACGGUGGUUUAGACUCCACAGCCACCAUCAAAAAUCCUGCUGAUAAUACUUCUUCCCAAAAGCAAAUCAAGCUCUUUGCAUUCGAGAUGGGUUGUUCUGGUCUUCAAGCUCCUGGGUUGUGGAAACAUCCACGUGACAAGUCACGCCAGUUCAAUACCAUUGAGUAUUGGACCUCAUUAUCAAAGUUACUUGAGCGUGGUAAAUUCAACGGUUUAUUUAUUGCUGAUGUUUUGGGACCCUACGAUGUUUACAAUGGACCUGGUAACUAUACCGCAGCAGCAAGUUCUGGAGCCCAAUUGCCUACAAUUGAGCCUUCAACGGUGAUUUCUGCUAGUGCUGCAGUGACUGAAAAUUUGGCUUUUGGUAUUACCUUUGCAACAAUUAGCGAGCAUCCAUACCAUCUUGCGAGAAGGUUGGCUAGCUUGGACCAUUUGACCCAAGGUAGGAUUGGAUGGAAUGUUGUUAGCUCAUAUUUGGAUAGUGCUUCUAGAAACCUUUUGAAUGGUCAAGAUUUACCCUUGCAUCAUGAAAGAUAUGAACGUGCCGAGGAGUAUAUAAAUGUUAUUUACAAGUUGUUUUUGAGUUCGUGGAGUGAUGAUGCUGUUGAGUUGAAGGAUGGAGUGUUUGCCAACCCUGAAAAGAUUAGAGAGAUUGCACACGAUGACAAGUGGUUCAAAGUGCCGGGAAUCUUUGUUGCUGAACCAAAUUUGAAGCAGAGAUUACCCGUGAUUAUUCAAGCUGGCACUAGUUCAGCUGGGAAAUUGUUUGCUGCCCAGCAUGCAGAGGUUGUGUUUAUCACGCAGUUCUCGCCCGAGGCAUUGGGCAAGCAAAUCAAGGAUAUUAAAAAGAUUGCUAGAGAAAAGUUUGGAAGACCUGAGGGAUCAAUCAAGUUUUUACAAUUGAUUACACCGGUUAUUGGUGCGACUCAGGAGGAGGCAGAUGCCAAGUACAAGGAAUACCAGAGUUAUGGUGACAUUGAAGGAGCACAAGCAUUGUUUAGUGGUUGGACUGGUAUUGAUAUUAGUCAAUAUGGUUAUGGUGAAGACAUUACUGCUGUUGGUACCAAUGCUGUGAAAUCCUUUUUGGAGUUGUGGAACAAAAAGGCACCUGGUGAGAGCGAAGAAGUGAGAAAGACUAGAGAACAUAUUGCUAAGCAAAUCACUGUUGGUGGUUUGGGUCCUGUUUUCCAUGGAACAGCUGAGUCUGUAGCUGAUGAGAUUCAACGAUGGGUUGAUAUUUCUGGUGUUGAUGGGUUCAAUGUCACUUAUGCUGUGCAGCCGGAGACCUUUGAGGAUGUGGUUGAUUAUUUAAUUCCCGAGUUGCAAAAACGAGGUUUGGUAUGGGAUGAUUAUCCAAGACACGCAGAUGGCUCGCCCUUGACGUUUAGAGAACAGCUUUUUGGUGCUGAAAGGAAGGAUGCAGGGUUUGUUUUGGAAAGCCACCCUGCAUAUAAUUUGAGAUGGAGAGCAGGUGAAACAAGAGAUGAGUUUGAAAGGAGAGUUGAAAAGAAGAGGAAACUUGAAGCUGGUGAGAACUAA